AUGCCUCCCCGCGAAGAUCCGUCUACCGACGACACACUACCAACUAUCCACGAGCAACUCUCCACACUCAUUGCUAUUUCCACUGCUAAUCUCCACCGUCUUGAUGCAAUUCUCACACAAAUGACCGCCGUCAACACCCUCAUCGGCAUUCAAACCGGAACCAUGUCCAAACUUAUCCCGCCUCCACCUCCGCUUCCACCAUCGGAUCAACAACAAAGGCCGCCGCCACCGGCACCCCCGCCGUCACCAAUCCAAUUGAAGAGACGACCGUCGUUGCCCCCAUCACCAAAUGAACCGCUCCCACAACCGCCAUUGACAACUACCUCUGGACAUAUCCUACAUCUCAAGCACCUUUUCCAACUGUUCGACCAAUGA